GCCCUCCGCGCGCGUCGUUUCCGCUGCCGGCUGCUCGCGGUGGGGAAACCGAGGCAGGGCGGCCCCAGCCUCCCGCUGCAGUGAGGGAAAAAAAAAAAACAUGUUAAUUUCUUUAUGGGAGUUCUUCUAUGGGCACUUUUUCCGAUUUUGGAUGAAAUGGCUCCUACGACAGAUGACUGGCAAGUGUGAAUUGCAGCGGAUUUUUGACACCUAUGUAGGUGCACAAAGGACACACAGGAUAGAAAAUUCCUUAACAUACUCCAAGAAUAAGGUUUUACGGAACUCGACACUUGUUCAGAGUGCAGUGGACAAGUGUGUAGAAGAUAUAAUGAGGGAAAAGAAUAUUAAACUGGAGAAGGACUCAAGUUUUCAAAUCUGCAUGAAGGCAUGCUUACUGCAGAUAACUGGCUAUAAACAGCUCUAUUUGGAUGUGGAAAGCGUAAGGAAAAGGCCGUAUGAUUCUGAUAACCUGCAGCAUGAAGAGCUGCUUCUCAAGCUUUGGAAUCUUCUAAUGCCCACGAAAAAGUUGAAGGCUAGAAUCUCCAAGCAGUGGGCUGACAUUGGUUUCCAGGGUGAUGAUCCCAAAACAGACUUCAGAGGCAUGGGCAUACUUGGAUUAAUCAAUCUUGUGUAUUUCAGUGAAAAUUAUACCAGUGAGGCCCAUCAGAUCCUUUCCCGCUCAAAUCAUCCAAAGUUAGGGUAUUCUUAUGCAAUAGUUGGAAUCAAUCUCACAGAGAUGGCCUAUAGCUUGCUGAAGAGUGAAGCUUUGAAGUUUCACCUCUACAACUUUGUUCCUGGGGCACCAACACUGGAACACUUUCAUCAGUUUUACUGUUAUCUUGUCUAUGAAUUUGACAAGUUUUGGUUUGAAGAAAAGCCAGAAAGCAUUAUGUAUUUCAACAUAUAUCGAGAGAAGUUUCAUGAAAAAAUUAAAGGACUCUUACUGGAUUAUAAUGUAUCGCUUACUUUAAAAACAUGAAUCAUCCAUAAUAUCUUCUAUUUCUACCACAUUUUGCACACACAACAGAAUUUAUAUGUUGUAAUAGAAAUUAUCUGAUCAAUUACACUCCUUAUAUAUAAUUUCCUACAAAAAUAUUUCAGAAAUUCUAUUUAAGAAAGCUAGUGGACAAUCAGUGUAUGUUUACACAUGUUUAUACACUGUCCUCCACGGGUACAUACCCUUCCAAAGAGCCCCUCUGUAGAGUCACGUGAACUGCAGCUUGGAACUUGGGACUUAGCCCAUGUAGUGUAAAAGUGCAAAUCAGGUAUUUGUCUUAAAUUGGUUGAUUGAUUAAAAUGUAUAAAAAUCAGUUUUCAUUUUUAAUGUGUUGUAGCUGUCGGGCUGGUAUCUUUUCAGAGUUCUUUAAAGAGUUUUUUGUUUGUAGGUUCUGUUUUUGCCCUUUCUUUGUUUCAUUUUACUGCUUGGUUAAUUGACAGGGAGGAUAGUUCUUCUUUGUUUGCGCCUUCGACACAUGUGGCUGUGACUCCCUGAGACUAGAUUGUAGGUAGACACGAGCUUCUCUGAUUAUUUAGCAUAAUAGAUAACAAGAGAAUGGCAGUACAGGUGACGUGUUUUGGUUUUUUAGUAUCAUACGUUAACAUAUCACAAUGUUAUUUUAAAGCUUAAAGGCCAUUUUCAACUUCAGUAUUUAUUUCUCUCAGUUUUAUAAAAGACCCUUCCUGCUUGGGCCUUUUAUGAGGUCUCCUUGCUGCCUGUGUGUAUUUGUGAAAUGAGUUGUACCUAGUAAGAAAAUCUUGCUUGUAUUCAAAGAACAGUUACUAUUUCAGUAGUAACUUAAUCAAGAGGAAAAUAUAAAGCUUUUUAAAAAUCUGAGUUAAACACCACUGGUUUAUUUGACUUAAUUUGCUGCUCUUUGCUUUGAUUCCUUGCCGUUCUAAGUGGUGGUGUAUGGGCUUUAUGAAUAUUUUUUGUGUUAACAGUCUGUGGGAUUCUAAAGUAGCCAGGGGAUGAGGACUAUGCAUGUUGUGUAGCUUAUUCUCCUAAAAUCUCAGGAGGACAGCAGGUGCUGUCAAGGAUUGUGUUGUGAUGAGAUUCCGAACCGUUCCUUCUUUGUGUGUGUUUUAGAUAUAGGUACUUCGAGCAAAACUAAGAGUUUAAAGAUAGGUUUGUCUGAUUAUUAAGUUCGAUUAUUAAGUUCAAUCCUAAGAGACCAACCUGUUAAGGACAUGAUUUGAUCUGAAACUCAAUAUUAGCACAUCUUUUAAUAUGUAUAUCUCAAGUAUAUAUACUGGCUCUUCAGUAAUGUCAGGACUCUAGACUUUCGAGUAUUUGUUUAUAUCUGUUAACAAACCUCUUCAAACUUGCCAAAGAGAAGAGUAGAGAAGACUAUUCAGUUGGAAAGUAACACAGAGUGUUGGACAGCACAUACAUUAAAUAUCAUUACAAUUAUUACUUUCUCAACAAGAUUGAACUUUUUUAAAUUUGAUUUUUUAAUUAUAAUCAUGGUAGUUCAACUACUUUUCAAUAUAAAAAUUUAAAAACUGGUUUCUUCUAGAAGACUUCUCAAACUUGGGAUUAUCUUAAGUUGGUUUUUAAAAUGGUGGUAAUGCGUUAUCAUCCUGCUAGAGGUCUGUGAGAUGUGGCAAAAUCCUGAAAAGAAGUGGGUGUCAGCCCUGAAAGUUCACGUUAUCUGGGUCCUCACUCUUACAUGGAAAGCAGUUCUGUUCGCCUUUUCAUUUUCAUGCUGAAAAUAUUUACCUUUAUGUUUUAAUCUUGAGAUCUUGAACUGAUGUAAACUUUAGUAUACUUAAUAAAAGAAUAAUUCAAAUAUGGGGGAAAUAUUCUAUGUAAUUUUUCCCAUUAAAGAGAAAAAAUAUUUUUAGUAAUACUAAAAAAUGUCAUUAGAAAGUUUGCUCAGUAAUGUUGUUUGAAUCAACCUCUGUUUGAACAAUACAUUGUUCUGAUUUUGCAUCAAAUAAUCAGUAACCAUAUUGUGUAUUCUGAAGCGCUGGGGUCUGAAAGUCACGAAUGAGACUUUCACAGAGUCUGGAAGCCAAACUAACUGUCACCAGCUGUAAGCCUGCAACUUUCAUGUGCUGGUGACAUGUCAGAAAAAAAUGUAACUGUGUCUGACUUCCUGCUUUCCCUUGCUUUCAGUAUAGGUGUUAGAACUUUAUGUAGUCUUUAAAAUCCAUAUGUAAAGUCUUACAUGUCUAUAAUAACAAAAUACCAAAGUAGUGAUAGAAUUGAAGUAGCAGGAAGAUUGUUUUUGCAUCAAAAAAGGGAAUCAUUCAUUGUUUGAAUGAAUUUGUGUAUGUGCCAGAUUGAAGAGUGCUCGUGACAAGAAUAAUCAAAAAGUUGAUGUAUAAUGGUUGUAGCUCGAAUAUGUUCCAAGAGACAAUCCUUAAAGAAAUGGGAAAAAUCGGGGGAUAUCAGCGACCCCAGACCAGCCUCUGUUUGUGUAUAAAUACAGUGAUGUAGUCAGAUAUGAAGAGCAGUGUCUUACUGGCACCAUUUACAGUUUAGAAAAACAAUCUUUUUUAUUGAAAAUGUUCAUCCUGAUUUUUUUCCCACUUUUACAGAUACUUGUAUUUCUAUGUAUUUUUCUAUGUGAAUGUGUACUCUUCAUUUUAAUUCCAGCAUUCAUAAUUGUUUAUGUGCUGUUUCUCCUCUUUGCAUUGAGUGAAAUAGAACUUGGUCAAAGGUUUGCUCAAAGGAGGCUUACUCGAGGGUGAGGGGGUGCCCCUUGCAGAGCAGGGGAGCUUGCCCGUUACCAUGGUGUGGAAGAGAAGAGGUGUGGCUUGGAGGCGGUGAUGUUUACUGUCUUCUGGAAUUAAUGAUUGGGGACCAGUAGCUAUUUUCUCAGGAUGAACGUUAUGCCUAAGUUCUCAAUAACAAGUCUGGGGAGGCUUUAUUUCCAUUUUCUUAUUUAUGAAUCUCUGUACAAGCAGUUUUUUAACAAAGAUUUAUGAAAUUGUUAAAAGUCUAGGAAAAACCAUGAGGGAGUUUUUCCCCCUGGCUUCAGUAAUGCAGGUGAGAUGCAACUAUGACAUUACUCUUCCAGGGCGAUCCUGUGUCUGUUCAGUAAAAAGUAUUAAAAAAAAAAAAUGAAGCAAUAGCUUUUUUUG